GUGAGGAACGUUUUCUGUCACAACAGACAAUCUAUCAGUAGCUUUAAAUAAGUAGGGAUUGUAAAAAAAAAAAAAAAAAAAAAAAAAAGCUGCAAUAUAUUAUCUAAGGGUGGAUGAUCCUGCUGUUAGUUACAGCUCUCAGUGAUGUCUGUGCUGGGACUUCUGGGUUCCUGUUGGACUUUUCCUCCCAAACUUCCCCAGGAACUGACAAUGGCGAAGCCCUUCCUGAGUCCAUCCCAUCAGCUCCCGGGACACUGCCUCAUUUCAUAGAGGAGCCAGAUGAUGCUUAUAUUAUCAAGAGCAACCCUAUUGCACUCAGGUGCAAAGCGAGGCCAGCCAUGCAGAUAUUCUUCAAAUGCAACGGCGAGUGGGUCCAUCAGAACGAGCAUGUCUCUGAAGAGAGUCUGGAUGAGAGCUCAGGCUUGAAGGUCCGCGAAGUGUUCAUCAAUGUUACCAGGCAACAGGUGGAGGACUUCCACGGGCCGGAGGACUAUUGGUGCCAGUGUGUGGCAUGGAGCCACCUGGGUACCUCCAAGAGCAGGAAGGCCUCUGUGCGCAUAGCCUAUUUACGGAAAAACUUUGAACAAGACCCACAAGGAAGGGAGGUUCCCAUUGAAGGCAUGAUUGUGCUGCACUGCCGCCCACCAGAGGGAGUCCCUGCUGCCGAGGUGGAAUGGCUGAAAAAUGAGGAGCCCAUUGACUCUGAACAAGAUGAGAACAUUGACACCAGGGCUGACCAUAACCUGAUCAUCAGGCAGGCACGGCUUUCGGACUCAGGAAAUUACACCUGCAUGGCAGCCAACAUCGUGGCUAAGAGGAGAAGCCUGUCAGCCACUGUGGUAGUUUAUGUGAAUGGAGGCUGGUCUUCCUGGACAGAGUGGUCAGCCUGCAAUGUUCGCUGUGGUAGAGGAUGGCAGAAACGUUCCCGGACCUGCACCAACCCAGCUCCUCUCAAUGGUGGGGCCUUUUGUGAGGGAAUGUCAGUGCAGAAAAUAACCUGCACUUCUCUUUGUCCUGUGGAUGGGAGCUGGGAAGUGUGGAGCGAAUGGUCCGUCUGCAGCCCAGAGUGUGAACAUUUGCGGAUCCGGGAGUGCACAGCACCACCCCCGAGAAAUGGGGGCAAAUUCUGUGAAGGUCUAAGCCAGGAAUCUGAAAACUGCACAGAUGGUCUCUGCAUCCUAGAUAAAAAACCUCUUCAUGAAAUAAAACCCCAAAGCAUAGAGAAUGCCAGCGACAUUGCUUUGUACUCGGGCUUGGGUGCUGCCGUCGUGGCUGUUGCAGUCCUGGUCAUUGGUGUCACCCUUUAUAGACGGAGCCAGAGUGACUAUGGCGUGGACGUCAUUGACUCUUCUGCAUUGACAGGUGGCUUCCAGACCUUCAACUUCAAAACAGUCCGUCAAGGUAACUCCCUGCUCCUGAAUUCUGCCAUGCAGCCAGAUCUGACAGUGAGCCGGACAUACAGUGGACCCAUCUGUCUGCAGGACCCUCUGGACAAGGAGCUCAUGACAGAGUCCUCACUCUUUAACCCUUUGUCGGACAUCAAAGUCAAAGUCCAGAGCUCAUUCAUGGUUUCCCUGGGAGUGUCUGAGAGAGCUGAGUACCAUGGCAAGAAUCAUUCCAGGACUUUUCCCCAUGGAAACAACCACAGCUUUAGUACAAUGCAUCCCAGAAACAAAACACCCUACAUCCAAAAUCUGUCAUCACUCCCCACAAGGACAGAACUGAGGACAACUGGUGUCUUUGGCCAUUUAGGGGGGCGCUUAGUAAUGCCAAAUACAGGGGUGAGCUUACUCAUACCACACGGUGCCAUCCCAGAGGAGAAUUCUUGGGAGAUUUAUAUGUCCAUCAACCAAGGUGAACCCAGCCUCCAGUCAGAUGGCUCUGAGGUGCUCCUGAGUCCUGAAGUCACCUGUGGUCCUCCAGACAUGAUCGUCACCACUCCCUUUGCAUUGACCAUCCCACACUGUGCAGAUGUCAGUUCUGAGCACUGGAAUAUCCAUUUAAAGAAGAGGACACAGCAGGGCAAAUGGGAGGAAGUGAUGUCAGUGGAAGAUGAAUCCACAUCCUGUUACUGCCUUUUGGACCCCUUUGCAUGUCAUGUGCUCCUAGACAGCUUUGGGACCUAUGCACUCACUGGAGAGCCAAUCACAGACUGUGCCGUGAAGCAACUGAAGGUGGCAGUUUUUGGCUGCAUGUCCUGUAACUCACUGGAUUACAACUUGAGAGUUUACUGUGUGGACAAUACCCCUUGUGCAUUUCAGGAAGUGGUUUCAGAUGAAAGGCAUCAAGGUGGACAGCUCCUGGAAGAACCAAAGUUGCUGCAUUUCAAAGGGAAUACCUUUAGUCUUCAGAUCUCUGUCCUUGAUAUUCCCCCAUUCCUCUGGAGAAUUAAACCAUUCACUGCCUGCCAGGAAGUCCCGUUCUCCCGCGUGUGGUGCAGUAACCGGCAGCCCCUGCACUGUGCCUUCUCCCUGGAGCGUUACACGCCCACCACCACCCAGCUGUCCUGCAAAAUCUGCAUUCGGCAGCUCAAAGGCCAUGAACAGAUCCUCCAAGUGCAGACAUCAAUCCUAGAGAGUGAACGAGAAACCAUCACUUUCUUCGCACAAGAGGAUAGCAGUUUCCCUGCACAGACUGGUCCCAAAGCCUUCAAAAUUCCCUACUCCAUCAGACAGCGGAUUUGUGCUACAUUUGAUACCCCCAAUGCCAAAGGCAAGGACUGGCAGAUGUUAGCACAGAAAAACAGCAUCAACAGGAAUUUAUCUUAUUUCGCUACACAAAGUAGCCCAUCUGCUGUCAUUUUGAACCUGUGGGAAGCUCGUCAUCAGCAUGAUGGUGAUCUUGACUCCCUGGCCUGUGCCCUUGAAGAGAUUGGGAGGACACACACGAAACUCUCAAACAUUUCAGAAUCCCAGCUUGAUGAAGCCGACUUCAACUACAGCAGGCAAAAUGGACUCUAGUCCACUUCCUCCCAUGAGACAGAGUGAUGGCCAGCUUGGGGACAUUUGCUUUAAAUGGGAAAGAAAGAGGCCGCUUUCUGCCCAAUGGCAUUGGGGGAAUUCAGCCUUCAUUUACAAUCAGUGAGAUUCCCCUGUGGAAGAAACUAAAUUUUAUAUAGUUAAAACAUGUUAAUAGGGAAAAGUACAAGCUCUCUUACAUAUAAGAGGGCUCUAUGAUCUCCUUGGAAUCCACGUUUGGGUUAACUCCUCAGAUUUGUAGUGGCAAGGAUGAAAGUGAGAGCAGAAGUAGCUGUGGGAAAAGAUGAGCUACAAUAAUGCUGGGAAGGCAGAGAUUGAUUAAGUGCAUGUUUUGAAACAGGUUUUUAAUGAUGUGCCCCAAAAGGCCAGCUGAUUUUGGUACUAGAUUGUCAGAGUUUUCUACCAACUGGCAUCUGUGAUAUCAGAAAUCAUUGUAAAACUGGCUUAUAGAUGUGAAACAGGGUUGCCAACCCAUUUGUAUGACUUCAACAAUGUCAAAGAGGGCAUUGAAUUUAGAAUCUGAGCACAUCACACCAGCACCAGCUCCCUGUCUCUUCUAGCCACUUAAUGGAGACAAAAUGGAGAGGCAAGACAGACCACAAACUAGUUCUUAUAGUGUACGCCACCUUUUACUUUUUUCCUGAGACAAAUCUACCCUUAUUCUUUCUUCCUCUUCCUUACCUCUUGCAGUAGAGAGGUAUCAAGGAGCAUAAUUAAACUUGUCAAUAUGGAAAGUUGUUUUUUCUAAUGCAACAAAGCGGGACCAUCUCUAUUCCCAUCUAAGCCACUCAAAUUGCUGAGUGCUAUUAGAACACAGCUUAUUACAUGGAUAUGGAGACAGGAGAGAUUAAAGCAGAUUCAAAAACACAUGAACUACAGAUGUCAUAGGCCUCAAAUCAGCUACAAUUCCAGGAGGCAUGUGUUGAUCUAGUUCUCUAACAUUGUUGUUACAAGAAAAUGAGUUCGACUAUAUUUUUCAAUCCAGAUUCUUGAAAUUGUCUAACAUGUUGGUACUAUGUCAUCACAGAAUCUCUCAGUAAGGCUAUAUGUGAUCCUCAUUUUGCCUCCUGGGAAAUUAGCAGAUAGUCUUUCCUCUAAAUGAUAUCUGAGUAAAUAGACUUGAGGAAUACCUGUAUACAGUGUCCCUGAAACCACAUGCAUUGUUCAGGGAGCCUUCACGCUAUGACUAUUCAGUCUCCUUGAAUAUGCUUUCUCUAUAGAACCAUUAACCUAUGUCUAUUGCUCUAUGAUUUUUUUUUUUUAUAUUAGGGGGCAGUGAUAUUGUGGAGGAUGGAAAUCCACAGAUAAUUCAUGACCCUCAUCUUAUCACUUUGCUCCAUCUUUUUAUCCUAUUAAAUCAUUUUUGACAAGAUGUCCUGGUAGACUAAAGAUGAACAGAUUUGCUCUUGCUCAUCUUCUGGUGGAUAUUUUACUUUGUUGUUCACAAUCAGGACAACCAAAGUCAAGGACCCAGACAAACCACAAGGCAGCUAGUCAGCUACUUAGAGGUUGGUUACAUUCAAAUAAAAAGUAAUCAGGGAAUGGGGGAGGUGGGGAGUACUUGGCAGUUGGGAUAUGAUCCAUUUUUUUUAAACAACUUUUUUGUAGAUCCCUUGUAAAAAAAUGAUAAUAAUGUUGUGAAUCUCCAUGCCACGUGAAAAAGGCCUAAAGAUGAGUUGAACUUAUGGUACCAUGAGUAAGGUAUGGAAGAACUCUUGAAUGUGUGGUAUAUAUGGUCCCCUAUAUUAGAUAGAAGACUUUGCUACAUGUAAUUCAAAAGCAUCUCGCUUUUCUCAGGAACCAAAGGCUUAUGAUAUAGAACAAAGAAAUCAUCUUAGAACUGUCAAGCAUAUUUUUCACAAUACCAUGUCAAGAUCAGGAAAACACCCUUUUGCUAGUGUGCUUAACUCAUUUAUUUCUUGUAGGAAACAAUAGAUAAACAGCAUGAAAAUGUAAAUCAUCUGACAUCACUGAUAGAAUAUCUGAAAGAGAGAGUAGAUGGUCAACCAGUCACAAGUUGGUUGGCAUGGGGUGGUUUGCAGAGGAAAUCUGCAUUCACUGUUGAGUAAAAACUUGUAGAAAACACAUUAUAGAGCUUAUGUUAGAAUCCAUCUUGGAGGAUUUUUGUUUUAAACCAUCCUAAGCAUUUUCCCUCUUCCCUUCUAAUUGGAGUUAUAAUUGUUUCAUCUAUUCUGUGAAUCUACACAGGUCUUUUUUUUUUUUUUUUUUAAGAUGUUUAAUACAUUUUAAGUAUUUUUAAAUAGAUGAAAAUUCUAAAUGAUUUUCCCUCAAAUCUAUCUAGAUUACUUUAGGAUGAGACGAGAUUGUUGUCAAUCCCUGAAAGUCUGGAGUUCCCUCCCAUGGAUUUUUUUUUUUUCCUUUGGCCUAGGUUUUAUAAACACACUUGAACAUCAUAUCAUAUAGUAUAACAAAGGAAGAAGUUAACACAAUUCACCUCAGACUUCACCCUACAGUUCAAUCAAAUUCAUCCUUCAGCCCAUUUUGUUUCUUCUUUAUGUUUCUCUUUUACUUAUUUCUGCUAGGAUCCUACAUAGGAUUUCUAUAAAAAUGUAUGAAAUUCUGUGGUCACUGCAUGCCAGGAUUGCACAGUAUGUUACAAUACAAUUUCAAAGAGAACCCAUGUUUGUGAGAUUUACAGACCAAGGUGUGGGGGAGGAGGUGGAAUUGCAGAUCAGAUAAAAAGUUAGCUUACACUUGAACUCAGUUAUUCACUGUGACCUAAAUUUAGUCCUAUUAUAAUAUGUGCCCAUCACAACACAAAUGCCCCUCUUAAAAGAGAUUUACUCAUCUAUCCAAGGACUUAAUUUGGAAAUUUUACUGUCCUAUUGCAAAAUGAAACAAAAUUAAAAGUGGCCUUGAGUACUUGGUGAGUUACUUAAAAUUUUUACAAAAAUAUUGCACUCAAUGCCAAGUCUUUCUGUCCUCAAAGAUAUUUAAGUCUAAUAGUCAUGCUUUAAAUAUGGCUUUAAAUUAUGCCACCAAAAUGGUGCACUUCACAACUUCACCAGACUGUAGCAUCAUAAAGUUAAUUUACAGUUUUUACAACAUUGCUUGUACAUUCUUACUGGUUUACAUUAAAAUCCUUUAAGCCAAAAGGAAGCUUGCUCUAUAGAUUUAAAUGCAGACUUCAUUUACUAGUGCAGGAAGUCUCAUAAAACUCAGAUGUACGCCCACAAAAAUUGUAUUGGCCUUUUUGUAAGAGAUGAAAAAGAAUUGACACAGUUCUCUUUAAAGAGAAGAACUUUUUUAUUAUUAGUUUUAUCUCCAACUGCAGGUGGUGUCUUUUGCCGAGGUCUCUAUAUUUUUCUUUCAAUUGUCUUUGGGAGGGCAUAUUAAGUCAAAUCACUAAAACAGGGUUCUCUUUGGAUUAAAAGUUCCGGAUUUAUUGCAACUAUUUACCUUGAGAAACAUUCUCAAGGUAUCAGAACUUUCUCAAGGCAUCAGAAUUGAUAAACAAAUGUAGAUGAUUAAAAUAGGAUAAUUGGUUUUAGAUAGUAUUUUCUACUUGCCAAACUUCUGGCAAAUUUACCUGUGAAUUUCAAAAUGUUUUAAAAUCUCUUGAUAUGCUUUUGUUUUUCCUUUGAGCCAUUUUCUCUUCAAUUUCUUAGUCCCUCUGCCCUCUGUACAUGUGUUGAGUGAUAUAGCUAUCAGACGUGUUGAAGGCAAAGUUCUAGCAGAGGUCUUUGUCCAGCUCUGUAAAGGUUACAGGAAUCCUGAAGGAGCUGAGAAAUCUUCCUCUCCGGCCCACUGUCUGGCCCAUUGUCAUUGUUUCCUCAUGAAACAUUGCAGAGUUUGAAUCCUCAGUAACUCUCAUUGACUGGACUAGAGGUGAUGGCCACAGCAAAUGGGAGAGCAAAAUGUUGGCCUACAGAGAAUGACACAAUUGUAUUCGCCUUUGGUGUUAGUUGCCAUAGCGCUGUAUUUGAAAAUCGAUGCUUUAGCCAAAAGCUGAAUGGCCACCGUUUCCGUAGUUUCCACUGUUUUGUCUACAUAGAAUUUUCCUGAACUACAAGCAAAAAUGUAUUUUGUCCAAUGUCACAGAAGUGAAAAUGUUACUAAUCUUA